GCCACUUCUACCACGACAGACUCCAAAUAUGCCUGCCGUCCUAACAGAUCACCUUUACCUCAAAAAACUCCAGAACUCCAACUGUGACUGUCGUCCCGACAGGCUACUUUCUAUUACCAACUCAAAGACAACUGCUGUCAGAAUGAAAUACACUACUGCCUUCUAA